AUAAACGUGCUAAGCACCUAUGAUGGAUGCAUGCACCCGUGAUUACCGCUGUGCUUUAUAUGGAAGGUUUAAUUGAAGAAAGACAAUAAGGAGCAUUCCAGUUAUCCACCAAUGCACCAUGAUGGAUUUCAUGAGAAGUUGAGAUUUUACAUUGCUUUAAAUAACCAUGGUUACCACACCAAACUCUCUGCUGAAACUUGCUAUAAAGUUUGUUUCUCAGCACCUUGAACUAGUGGAAUCGUUAGUUGGUUUUCCAGAAAUUGUUGGAGAACUUAUCUUUAGAGAAGCAGAAUCCAGUGGUAAAUUUAAUUACCAUGACGAUGAGUACCAUGAUUGUCUGAGGAGAUUAGUACUGUUCACAGAAGCAUAUGGAGAAGUUGUCCUGGCAAAGCUAUCAUUGACUAGGAGAUGGUCAAGUCUCCAACUGUAUAAAUGCCACCUGCAGAUAUUCCUGGACCUGACUGAGUUGGAGCUGGCUCGGUGUGGACUAGAAGAUGCUGAUGAUCUGUUACCACACAUUGGCCAGCAUCUCACAAAGUUGAAGCAUUUGUCACUCAAACAGAACAAGCUGACCGACAAAGGAUUAGUGAGACUGACUACGCCUUACAGAGUGAUGGGGGUUGGCCCAGAGAAGCUAGCACUUCUUAACUUAUCAGAUAAUCAAGAAAUCACUGGAACUGGUGUUCUUAAGUACUUGUGUGCUUUCCUGGACCUGAGUGAGAUCAAUAUAACAGGAACGUCUAUAAAGAGAAGUGAGGCUCUGUUAAAGAUGUGGAAGUUUGAUAUAAGGAGAGGGAAGCAGUACCACUCCUGAUGUGAUAAAUACAGGAUGGGCUGAAAAGGUUGUGGAUAACUGGGCAGUGCAAGCUGAACAGUCACUGGUUCUAACAGAAAACGAAAAAUCCACAACACAACGCUUCUAUUCAAGCAAGAGAAAAGAUGAUGCAAGCUCUUUAAAAUCUAAAGGUGCUUUUAAGAAGACAGUCAGUGGUUACAAUAUAAUACUGUCCAGAAUUAAGGUGGAAGGUACAAUAUCUAUAAACAUAUCUACAGAUUUUCUUCAAACAAAAGACAGGAUCAAUCGGCACGAAACACUUCAUCAUCCUGUUACAUCUGGACAUUCGAUUAGUGAAUUAAAUAGUAAUGAUAGCACCAAUGUAAUGGCUGGUUCAGGUAGAGAGUCGGUGAUUCAGGAUUCAGAAAUGAUGAUUGGAUAUGGAAUGAAUGCAAUCAAAUCUAUAAACCUUACAACAUUUACAUCCGACCAAAGUCUUGGAGACCAGCGUGUUAUUACUACAGAAGAGACAGGUUUACAAGUAGCUAAACGCAGAAAAAUUAAUAUUUGUAGGCGAGAGACCAAGUCAAAUGAUAGUCACAAAUCCAAAUGCAUGGACACAAAAUUCGACCCACAUUUAUCAAAAGAUAUUUGUAAAGAGAGUAUCAGUGAUGAUAUAGAAACAAAAUUUCCCAACCAAAUCACUUCAGCUAAAGCAGUGAAUAAUGAAAUGACAAAAAACGAUCUAGAUAUGAUGAUGGGGUAUUUAGGAUCAAAACCUUUGACAACUGGAGAUCAUGAAAGUCAAAGAUCCAUCAAACACAGAAUCUAUGGCGAAGAAAUUCUUGAUAAAAAGGAGGCAAAGCUGAAGUUUUUUGAAAAAGGGUGAAAAAGAACUGAUGAAAGCAUGUACAAAGGAUUCAGCGAGAUAUUUGAAGAGGAAAAAAUCAAUGUGGAACCAUAUCAACAGUAAUGCAUCAUAAUGUAUCACCAGUUAAAAUGGCAUGAUUUUAAUGUAACACAUAAACAUAAACUUGUCUCAAAGUA